GAGCGCGGACGGAGCGCGGAGCUUCACCCCCGCCCCGCCGGCGGCCCCGGCCCGGGCAGCCGCCGCCCCGCCGCUCCCCGAACUUCGCGGCGCCCGGAAACGGCAGCGCGGCGUCCACAAGCAGACAUGAGCGAGUUCGGGGCCGGCGCGGAGCUGCCGGGCUGGGUGGCGGACAGCCGCAGCUGGGGCGAGCUCUUUUCCCCCGAGGAGUCGCGCGCGGCGGCACCUGUAGGGUUCCUGCAGGAGCUGCCCAGCUACCGAUCCGUGCGGAGGCGCCGGGCCGCCGGAGAUGUCCAGGAGCGGCCGGGGAACCUGCGGGGAAUCGCCGCUGCUGAGCUCCGGGGGCCGCAGCCCGAGGGAGAGGAGCGCGGGGUCGGGCACCUCUGGGAGCUGCCCAUGAGCAUCGCCGAGAAGAGGAUAAUAAGGGAUUCUCAGCAGUCUGAUAUAAAAUAUUCUUCUGGGUGGAAGCAGUGGAAAAGAACUAGUAGUAAAUCAUGGAAAAAAACUCUCAAGGAUAUCAAACAGUUGUCAUCUUACGUGGAGCUUUGGCGGCGUGAUAUUCACAGCAUUGAAGGGAAAUUUGGUACUGGCAUCCAGUCCUAUUUCAGCUUCCUGCGUUUUCUGGUCGUGCUGAAUUUUUCAAUGUUCAUCCUGAUGUUCAGUUUUGUUAUACUUCCCACUGUCAUCUCUGAUUAUGGAAUUUUCAACAGCAGCUCUGCUAAAAUUUCUCCACAUAACACAGAGCCUUAUUGCACAGUUUACACACCUAGUGGUAAUAAGGGACUUGUUUACUUCUAUACGUACCUCAAAGAUUUGCUCACCGGCACUGGGUUCCUGGAAGUGACAGUUUUGUUUUAUGGCUAUUACACAGUGGAUGCUGCAUGGCUUAAUGUCCUGAGAUAUAACUUACCGCUAGCAUACUUGCUAACUACAUUUGCCUACCUUGCACUAAGUCUUUUCUGGAUAAUCAAAAGAUGUGCGAAAGGAUUUAGGCAGAACUUGGUGCAUGGUGUAAAUCAGUUUCAGAGUUACUGCAACAAAGUCUUUGCAGGCUGGGACUUCUGUAUUACAGAUCUAAAUGCAGCACGGCUAAAGCAUCGCAGCUUGCUAUAUGAGCUCCAAGCAGAUUUGGAGGAAGAAAGACUGAAGCAAAAAAUAGCUGACAGGACUAUCAAAAAAAAGAUACAGAUCUUCUCUCUGAGAAUAUUUAUAAAUAUAGUUGUCAUUGCAGUUUUAUUAGCAUGCUUUUAUUGUAUUUUUAGAGCAACUGUCUUCUCUCAAGAAAACUCCAGUGAUGUCAACAAUGUGAGCUUCCAGGCUAAUCUUUUAGUUCAGUAUUUGCCAUCCAUCGUGAUCACAGCGGUCAACUUGAUUAUACCUCAGAUCUUUUCAAUUCUGAUCAGAUUUGAAGAUUAUUCACCAGCCUUUGAAAUCAGGCUGACACUGUUGAGGUGCAUCUUUGUGCGGUUGGCCAAUAUUGGUGUUCUGUUGGUCUCACUGUGGACUCAGAUCCACUGUACCACUGACCAGUGUAAGGCCUGUGGGUACAAUUACGAACUCUAUCCUUGCUGGGAGUCUGCAGUUGGGCAAGAAAUGUAUAAACUGUUGAUGUUUGAUUUCAUGAUAAUAAUUGCUGUGACGCUGUUUGUGGACUUUCCUAGGAAGAUACUAGUUACUUAUUGCUCUUGGAAGCCAGUUCAGUGGUUGGGUUUGCAGGAGUUUGGAAUUUCUGACAAUGUCCUGGAUAUCAUUUAUGGACAGACGAUCUGCUGGAUUGGAACCUUCUUUUCACCACUUCUUCCUGCAAUAGCAACUAUAAAAUACUUCAUCAUCUUUUACAUUAAAAAGAUCAGGUUGAUGCACACAUGUAAACCUGCAAGUAGGCCUAUCAGAGCAUCAAGUUACAAUUUUUUCUUGGUGGUGCUGUUGAUUGGGCUCAUCUUAGCUUUCAUUCCUUUGGGAGUCAGCAUAGCACAUAUCUCCUCUUCCAAGGCAUGUGGGCCGUUCAGAAAUUUUAACACCUCAUGGGCUGUUGUUCCAGAUACAAUACUUGGGUUUCCAAUAGGUCUGCAGAAAUUCCUUUUUGGCAUAGCAUCAGAAGCUUUUGCAGUGCCUUUUUUUGUGGUUGCCUGCCUCCUUAUGUUCUAUUCGAUUGCCUUGGCUGGAGCGCACAAAAGAGUGGUUGAGCAGCUAAGGGAACAACUGGUUAUGGAGAGUCGUGACAAGUUGUUCCUAAUUGCAAAACUAACAGAAGCUCAGAAAAAUUAUUGAAAACCACAAAAAGCCGGAAGAUAACGGUACCACUGGCUAAGGAUAGAGGAUCUGCAGCAUGUAAAAACAGCAGCUGACCAGCUCCGUGAUCUGUGUAGUGGAUGCUUAACGUUCUUAUUAGUGUUGAUUAUGCUAGUGGGCCUUAGUUUCCAAGACUGGAAGUUUAGCUUAUUUGUACCAUAUUAGACCUGUUCAAAACAUUGUAUUGCAGAGCACUUUAUUGCUGCCAUUUCAAAGCUGUUAGAGUUUGUGAUAAGUUCUUGGUUUGUUCGUGUUUUUCAGGAGUUUUGGGCAAAAUGUGAUUAGAACUGAAACUAUUUAAAAACUCUGCACAGUUUUUAUAAAUUAUACUUGUAAGAAUUGGGGUGGGAUGAGUGGGGGGGGGGGG